GUGCGACCGACAAAGCCAACGGCGCCGCGGGAAAGAUCGAGGCGGAUCUCUUGGCGCCCGCCGAGGACGUUCGGGAUGUUGACGCCAUGAGAAAGGGCGGCGAGAUGACUGAUAAGGAGGAUGAACUGAGUCGGAGUCACUUGACCGAGUCCAUUGAGGAGUUUUCGGACAAAUCCCGCGACUACCCCAAAAUCGCAGAGAAUGGGUCGUCGAUCUUCCUUCUCUUGCAGGUGAGAUCGCUGGUCGCUUUGGAAAGGAAGCCAGAGGUCGACCGCAAGAUCCGAGAUGCUGCAGCUGUCUACGCAGCAAG